CCUCUGGAGAGGAUUCCAGCCGCCUCUCUGCUGCGCACUCAAGCUUUGUCCGUCUCUGCCUCCACUCUCUGAACAAGCUCUCCUCUUUCUCCUCGGCUGCUAGCAGAAACCCGGGAAAUCAACCAUGGAGGCCAUCAAGAAGAAAAUGCAGAUGCUGAAGCUAGACAAGGAGAAUGCCAUAGAUCGCGCAGAACAGGCAGAGAUAGACAAGAAAGGUGCAGAGGACAAAUGCAAACAGCUGGAAGAGGAGCUCUUGGGACUGCAGAAGAAGCUGAAGGGUGUGGAGGACGAGCUGGACAAAUACUCUGAAUCACUGAAGGAUGCUCAGGAGAAACUGGAGCAGGCCGAGAAGAAGGCCGCAGACGCCGAGGCCGAGGUGGCGUCCCUGAACAGACGUAUCCAGCUGGUGGAGGAGGAGUUGGAUCGCGCUCAGGAGAGACUCGCCACUGCGCUGCAGAAGCUGGAGGAGGCUGAGAAAGCUGCGGAUGAGAGCGAGAGAGGAAUGAAGGUGAUCGAGAACAGAGCAACAAAAGAUGAGGAGAAGAUGGAGAUCCAGGAGAUGCAGCUGAAGGAGGCCAAACACAUCGCUGAGGAGGCUGACCGCAAAUAUGAGGAGGUGGCGCGUAAACUGGUGAUUCUUGAGGGUGAGCUUGAGCGCUCUGAGGAGCGAGCUGAAGUGGCUGAGGCUCGAGUCAGGCAGCUGGAAGAGGAACUUAGACUCAUGGACCAGAAUAUGAAAUCCAUGAUGGCCGGAGAGGAAGAGUACUCCACGAAGGAAGACAAAUAUGAAGAAGAAAUCAGAGUACUCACUGACAAACUCAAAGAGGCUGAAACACGUGCUGAGUUUGCUGAGAGGUCUGUGGCGAAGCUUGAGAAGACCAUUGAUGAUUUAGAAGAGAAACUGGCCCAGGCCAAGGAGGAGAAUCUGAACAUGCACCAAGUGCUUGACCAGACCCUUCUGGAGCUCAACAAUUUAUAAAGACGGAGUCUCCCAGCACACUAAGCUCUCCAGCGGCGCCUGACGCAGCUCUACGCUUUGCUAAGUCACUGUCUUUAUAGUCACACACUUGCCAGUCUCUUUCCAACAGCCCGACGCAAACAAUGUCUUGCAAUAAUAGCAGUGCAGCAGUAUGUUAAACAAAUCACUUAAUUGGAUUUGUAGUAUUUGUAAUAAAAUCAUUGUGACCUCUUUAUUAGAUUUGUUCGAAGCAUUGUUUACUACAAAUGUAGUUUUUGACCUUAACUGAAAAAAUGCUGUAAUUUUCAACUUUGAAUUUAACCCUACCAACAAUUUAAAGGAAAGGUUUUGUACAAUGGAAUCACUUUUGAGGUUUUUCAUUGAUUUGUACCAAAAUGCACAUCCUGUGAUUGUAACCUGCACAAAUUGUAACAUGAAUGUUUUUGUAUGCCGUGCUACAAACGUGUGGCCUUUCAAUGAAAUCUGCUGUUCCAAAUGCAACAUGUUAUUUAAAUGCAGAUCUCAUGUCCUACUCCCAAAGAAGAACAAACAAAUUAAUUUGUGCUUUAAAAAAUUUUUGUGAAAUGGCAAAAACAAAGCAUCUGUGCUAAUUAAAUAAAUUUGGGCCUGUAAGACAUAGCUUUUGUUUUUGACUAGAAUAACUACUACAGAUGUUUGCUCAUUUUCUUCUGUCUAUUUGACAGAUCUGACCAAAUCUGUGAAUAAUAACAGUCUGUACUCAAGGCAAUGAUAAUAAUGAUGAUGAUGAAACUAAUUGUGGGGUUGAAUGAGAUCACUGAAGCUAUUAUUAUUUCUUUAUUAUAUAUAUUUGAAAGAAUGCAAUGGAUUUGAUUAGGGAAAAUAUUUUUAAUGUUGUUUAAAAGUGACCUCUUUGUCCAACACCUUCUAAUGCAGAUCACUAUGUAGUUAAUCCCCCAAUUAUGUGGUAUGUAAAAGCGAUAACAUUUUGAUCAUUCUUGCACACAAUUUUAAAUAAUUCCUGCAAAUUUUAUGCAUCACCUGUUAAUGUAUAAUGUUAAUGUUUGAGCUGUUUGAUUAAAAUUAUUAAAAUAUUAAAAAUGGAAUUUUGAUGAUUUGUU